AUAUGUCAUUACCUUGAGUCAAUAUUAUACACAAGAGGGUAGUAAUAUAAAUAUAAUAGUUGUUAUAAUAAGUGAAUAAUAAAUGUUGUUAAAAACGAUUACUUAAAAAAUUUAAUAGAUUAAAGAAAUAGUUGUUGGUAAAAAGUUGUUGAGAUUAUCAACAAAGCAAAGGUGUUAGUUUUUUUUUCUUAUUACGUUCAAUUAUUCGUGUAUUGUUACAUGGAGUAUUGAAUACUUCAAUGAGAAUGCAUUAUAGAUAACUUAUAUUGAGGAAACAUUAAGAUUAUUGUUUAUGAAUUGAGAAAUAAGUGCUUAAAACGUUAUCCAUGUUUUGGGAUCAUGUGUACCGUAAUAAACACAUUAUGCAGGAGUUUGAAGAUUUAGAAAUACAUAAAACCAGUGUUCCUGUAUUUUUGGCGCUUUUCUAUCUUGAAAUGCUGUAUAUUUUGAUCAUGACAUUGUCCAUUCUAUGUCAACUGAACAGAAACUCUUCUUUAUAACUUUUCAUACAUAUUACAAACCAGUGACAUUAGUAAUAUAAAAGGAGCUUUAAAAUGACUUGUAUAAGAAAACCAGUAAAAGAACGAUUAUAUCUUGAUAGAGAGGGACAGAGAGAUGUGUAUGUAGACACCUUCCAUCUCGCUCAGCAUCAAAUUGAAGGCAUAAGAUUCCUGUACCGACGAUAUACAAAUAAAAAGCCAGGUGUAAUAAUAAACAAUCCCGAAGGUUAUGGUAAAUCUAUACAAGUUGCUCUAUUCCUGGAUUCAAUACGCGAAUUGCUAACUAAUCCCGUUUUAAUAUUGUGCGAGGAUGAGAAUAAAAUAAACAAUUGGAAACAAACUUUAUUAAAAUGGACAAAAUAUACAGAAGAAGAUUUAGUAGUUGAUUCUACCAACGUGUAUGUUAGGAAAAAAAUAUUUCUUAAGAAAGGCAUGAGUUUGGUUGCACCAUACUCCCGCAGAGAUUGGGGUGUAGUGGUCGUGAAAAGUGACUUUAUUCUCAAGCAACUUGUUAAUACACCGGUCAAGGCCACAUUUAAGAUCUGGUUGACUACAAUAGAUGUGCAAAAAGAUCUAGAAAUGUUCAACUCAAUCUAUUGCUGGCUGUACUCGGAAAAAAAGUUCGACAUUAAUACAUAUAUUGAUUCGAUAUCAGAUAUUAUUGGUGUGCCACUGGUUCGGGAAAAACUAAUGAAAUCAUUUAUGGAAGAUAUUGUUAUUAUUAAGAAUGAUUUUACACCUUCAAAGAAACCAGAGCAGAUACAAGAAAAAUCACCGCCGAAAACUAAUAAGUCAAAGAAAAAUAAAGAUGUUACCGGUAAAAAAAUAAAACGUUCGAAAACCACAGAAGAAUCAGAAGUUGCCAGUGAUAAUGAUAUUAAUUCUUUUGAUUUAGUCGCGAAUUCUAAAGAAAAUAUCGAAAAUGUACAAAUAGUUGCCAAUAAUAGUGAGGAUGCAAUUUUAGAUGUUGAAAAUUUUAUAAAACAAAAAGAACCGGUUAUAUGUGAAGAAUAUGAAUUUCUGGACGAAAGUAGUUCAUCAGAUGCAGAUAUGAGCUUUACUAACGCAUUGAAUGAUGUCAUAGAGACUGAGAAUGAUGUGAUUGGUAUGCAUUCAGAAACAGACGAUGAAGUAAAUAUUUUUAAAGAGAAAAUUAAUACAAUUAUUAGAAAUACAGAUGAUAAUUCUGUACCAGUGUCACCUAAAACUGCAUCCAGUAAUACAGAUAAAUGUAUAGAUGCAAAAACGGCGGAAUUGAGAAAAAAUAAAAGAGAUAUAAUUCAAGCCAUCACAGAAAUGGAGGAACGGGCAAUGAAAAAAUUUAAAAAUACAAUUCUAGACAGUUUCUUCUAGAAAUGUUUAAUACACAAAUUGCAUCAUGAGACAUUAUUUGUUUUUCUUUAUACUUAUAAAGAUUAUGCAAGUUAAUUGCCAGUGUUGAUUGCAACCAACCUCUUUAGAGGUAAAUGAAGUCUUCAAAAACUUUUUAAUUAAGUUUAUUGUGAUCAGUGUUGCCAAUAAAAACGCUUACCCGGUUGUGUACAUCGUGUAAAAAUGCCGUAUAUGAAUUGAAAAGACCAUUGGUGGGCUGUAAUACCAUAAGGAAAAUUUUUCAACGUUAGUAGGUAAAUGUUACUAUUUUAAAUUGUUUAAUAUCAAUGAACUGUAGUAAAAUUGUCCCUGCGUUGUUUUGUAAAAUGGUAAAUGAUUUAUUUAAAUUUCAGUAUUACCGGUACAAGUAAUAACUAAGUAACGCAUUUUUUUUAUUCACAAGCUAUUUAUUGUUUAUUUUUAGAAUGAAUUAAUUUAUUAAAAAAAAUUUUGAUUGUAGAUCUUUGAAAAGCCGUAGAAUCUGAAGCCUUAGGGUUGCGGCCAUAAGCUGUAGAUUUUGUAAUUUGAUAGCCCAAAAACCGUCGACCACGGCAAUUGCCGUAGCAUUGGCAACACUGAUUGUGAUUGAGUUAUGUUGUAUGUCACAUGACGAAUCAUUCAAUUUGACAUUUCGUUCAUUCAUUA